GUUUGAAACACUUCAGUGUCAAAUCGAAUUCUCGACAACUGAGAUCGAGUACAUUUAAUAUAAAAAAGAAAAAUUGAUUAUGGACCAUAGUGCACAAUUAGGUCAUCGCCUCUGCAAACAAUUUCUCAGUGUAUCUUUGCUUUAAUUAUAUAAUAAAAUAAAAAAAAUAUUAUGAUUUUAAUAUAAAAUUUUUUUUUUUAAAUAAAAUUUUUUCUAGUUCCUUUUUUUUCUCUUUUUCUAUAAAUUAGAAAAAAAGUGUUAUAUAUAUAGAUAUAUAAAAAAAUGGCCACUGUACUUGGAACUUUUGCUGUUUUGAAAAAUCAUUUAAAAUUAAAAGUUAGUCCAGACUAUGUUGCAAUUGACAAUAUCAUUUUUAAGUUGCACUAUAGAGCAACGUUUUUGGUUCUUUUGGCAGCCACUCUUCUCGUAUGUUCAAGACAAUUCAUUGGAGAACAUAUAAGAUGUAUAAAUGAUGCUGGGGUACCAGGACACGUUAUAAAUACUUUUUGUUUUUUUACAUCCACAUUUACAGUAGUAAAACAUAUGAAUUUAACUUCAGUAAUUGAAGGGGAAGUACCACAUCCAGGCGUUGGUCCAAUGAGCAGACAUGAUGAAAUCGUUCAUCAUGCCUAUUAUCAAUGGGUUCCAUUUAUUCUUUUUUUUCAAGCAAUACUUUUCUAUUUACCCCAUUAUCUAUGGAGAUCAGCUGAGGGUGGCCGAUUAAAAAUGUUGAUAUCUGGUUUAAAUUUGGCAUCGUUGGCAUUGCAAGAGGAAAAAAUUGAAGUCGAAGGAAUGAGUAUACCAACAAAGGGUGAUCGCGAUGAUAAAAUACGACAAAUUCGAACUGGAUUUAUAAAUCGUCUACAUUUAAAUCGACCAUGGGCUUAUUAUUUGGGUUUUUGUGAGGUUCUUAAUUUUAUUAAUGUUCUCUUUCAACUUUAUUUCACUGAUUGGUUCUUGGGUGGUACAUUUCUCAAUCUUGGCACUGACAUUCAAAAUAAUGGAUUUAAUCACAGAUUGGAUCGUCUCGAUGAGGUUUUUCCAAAGGUCACUAAAUGCACUUUUCACAAAUAUGGUGGCUCAGGUACAAUACAAACACACGAUGCACUUUGUGUUAUGGCAUUAAAUAUUGUCAAUGAGAAAAUUUAUUUUAUUCUAUGGUACUGGCUUAUUAUUCUUGCAAUUUUUACUGGACUUGGUUUAAUAUGGAGAAUUCUCACUAUGGUUUUACAUGCUCGAAGCAUCAACUUUAACAAACUAGUAUUCUCAAUGGCCUGUCCAGGGAAAUAUAAUCCCUGGAAUAUGCUCAGGGUUACUCACGACUACCACUUCGGUGACUGGCUCUUCCUUUAUUACAUAGCAAAGAAUCUAAACAAUUAUGUUUUCAAGGAGUUAUUGCACCAGUUGGCGGAAGACCUCGAGGAACGGAAACAAGCCAAGUAUAAUAUUAUUCCAACUGACGAUUUUGAUACAUUAAAAAAAGAUUAAAAUCAAAAUUAUUUCGAUUUUAUACAGAAAAUGUAAAAAAAAAAUCCGGAAGAAAAAAAUUAUUUUUUUUUUAUUUUCAUUUCAUAAAAGGUUUUCCAAAAAAAAAAAAUAUUAAUUCUUAAUUA